UUCCUGUUAAAUUUGGCGAAAAUUUCGAUUUUUCGCCUCAAAUAAACGUCAAAUUCUCCGCCAGAAUGGAAGAUUCUAAAGAUCGUACACUUUGGGUCGGAAAUGUAUCAGAUGAAACUACCGAGGAGUUGCUUUAUGAGCUUUUUUUGCAGGCGGGACCUUUGGAAAGAGUGACCAUACCCAAGGACAGAGAAACUGGAAAACAGAAGAAAUUUGCAUUUAUUACAUUCAAACAUGAACACUCUGUGCCAUUUUGUAUCAACAUCUUCGAUGGUGUCUAUCUCCACCAGCGCAGAUUACAAAUCAAGACAAGGAACGGAUCUGUUCAUACUUCCGGGAAGAAUCCCGUCGACGCUGAUAAGUGGGGGAUAGGACUUUUACCACAUCAAAGUAAAGGUCAUGGAUUGGUAAAACCAAAAAAUCCUCCUUUGAAUAAAGUUGCUUUAAGAAAUGGACGCAGUUCGGACUCUAAUAGUGAGAGCGACCAGGAUACUUAUAAUAAUAACGGAGAUGAGUAUGAUACAAGAAGGGUUGUAAACGCAGACCCAGGUUUCCUCAUGCCUCCACCACAGGGAAUGCCCGUCCAGAUGUUGGGAUAUCAGGGCCCAGGUCCCCGGAACUAUCAGCGGUCACAAACCUGGCCAGGAGUUAUGGAGCUUCCUGAUGAUCCAAACUCGAAUAACGGUCCUAAUAACUAUGAUUCCCGGCCGAAACAAAAAUAUGAUGAAAGGUUUAAUGAGCACGAUUCUCGAGAUGCAAGUCGUGAUUCGCGGGAAGUUAAACGUCGCAGGUUUGAAGAACACUCGCCACGCGAUCGUGAUGGCGGUAGGAAUGUCAUUCGUGAUCAUGAUCGGAGUCGGAGUAAUAGGAAUAGUAGCUACGAUCGCCAGCGGAGCUACGAGCGCACCGACCGGGGUGGCCCUGUUGAUAAUCAGAUACAGCAGAUGGCUAAUCUGCAGAUGCAGAUGAUUCAGCAGCAGCAGAUGCAGAAUGUUCAUGGGCGAAGUUAUGGGGGGCCGUCUCAGCAUUACUCUGGUAAUGGUGGGUACAGGCGGUAUUAAAAACCUGGUUGUCAGGCGACAAAGCUACUCUUUUGGAGAAGCUACUUUUACACAUACUUUGACAAAGUUAUAUUCCCACAUGGCAUGGUACAAGCAAAAGGAACAGAUGCAGUGCCUGCGUUACCUCCCGGUUAUGCCUCACUCACCCUAAAGCAAGACUUGCCAAAGGUGGCCUGAAUUGAACAACAGUUUUAAUAUUGAGAUGACCUUUGGUCAUGUACAUUUUGUACCUUUGUAAAUUUGUUAAGAAUGUUUUAAAUAGUAUUUCACAUCUGUUUUAGGCGCACAGAAAUUUUAUUUAUGUGGUCUGUUGUGAGAUGGAUGAUUUUUUCCCUGUACAUUUCGGUAUUUGAGGAGCAGUGGAUCCUUUGGAAGUGAUUGAGACAAACGGCCAAGCAGGGAGCCAGAAGGCCUUAAAUUGUGAAUGAUUGGGACUACAAUGUACUAGACAGUAUCCACUUCAAAACACACUCUGACUUUGUCUGACAAAUCCUUCGACCUUCUCUCUUAGUCUUAUAAAGGCUGCUGCAGUACCUGUGUUGGAACUAAAAAGAUUUUUAAAUAUUAUUAGACAAACUAAAAAAAGAGAUAAUCAAGUUGCUUAGACUGAUAUCUUUGGAUUGCUAUGGAAAUCAGGGAACCCAGAUGCCUAGCUCAGAGUCUGAGAGCAGUGCGGUGGACUUGUAUUCCAAAGUUUGUUGGGGAGAAGCCCAGUCAAAGCAACGUGAUUUUUCUUGGUCUAAUUAAAUCAAUUUUUCAGAUAUAGUUUACUUGAUUGUUGAAUCAACAUUAGCAGAGGAAUCACUGCGAGCUGAUGAUUGGCGUCAAUUAACAUCGAGCCAAAUGGGCAUUUUCUGUUUUUAACUACUCAAAGUACUUUUAGAAACUGGCAGCCAAUUUUAACCACCUUUUUUGUGCUGGGCAGCUUUGGUGUAAAUAUUUACAGAUCCAUAUUUUAAGAUUCUGAUUUGUCUGAUUUAUUAUUGGGCGUCUGAAUAUGCUUUUAAGUUGCUCAAUCAUGAAUGUGAGCUCGAGUGAGUAUCAAAGUUCCUCCUAUAUUCUUGCCUUCACCUGAUGAAUUAUUUCACAUUGAUGAAUGAUGUUGUCUGCGUAUAUAUUCUGCUGAUUUUCACUGGUUGUAUUCAUUUUGCUAUGUUACGGAAAGCUGUAAUUCUGCCUGUUCUACAAGUAUGUCAAGGUCCUGUUUCAAGGUGAUUUUAAUGCACAUGUAGAUGUGGAUGUACAUGUACAAUGUCUCAUGUCAAUUAGUUAUCCAAGUUUUCCAUACUGUAUUUACAUGUAGUUAUUGGCCACACUAAUUACCAACUAAAACAGACUAAAACUAAAUUGCCGUUUGCUUGAAAUUUCUUUCAAAGUUGUCAGUGACAUUUAUAAAUGUCAGGGAAGGUUGACUUUGGUUGGUAAUUAGAAGGACCCUUUAUUAUUUUUCUCAUCUUUCACAGUAUGUUCUUCCUUUGUUCUGUACUUCCGAAUUAUAUUGUCCUUGGCACUUAUGUUUUUUGGCUCUCACUUUUAAAUUGCUGGUUAUAAACUUUGUCUAGUGGUUGCUACUUAGUGGGUGUAUAGUGGUAGUAUUCUGUAUUGUAAUAAGUUUGCAAUUUGAGAUUGUUAGGAGUUUCAACUGUUGUACACUAUGGAGUAUAGGUACACUGUAUCCAAAGAUAUUCUAUCAUAGCAAUUGUGUCAUCACCAAUGAGGAACCGGCAUUAAGAUAAAUGCCAGUGGCGGCGCCACAAUCGAUCGUACCUUCUGACGCCAUGACGUCAUUUUCUGGUCUGUUGACGUCGCAUGAGGUCAAUCACGGGAAACCAUUGCGUACAUUUUUGCACAGGAUUUCAACAACAGAAAACGUGCCCAAUAACUGGCAUCGCGCAUAUUUUCCGCAAAAUUAUCUUAAGAAACUGAUAGCUCAAUAGAUUUAAAACAGGAAGAUGCAAACGUCGCC